CGGGGGGGGGGCGCAUCGCAUGCGCUCGCCCACAGUAAAGUAGGCAGUCGGCAAUGAGAGCACGAGAAACGCACCACCCAUUGAGGGAAAUAACAUUAUAUUCUUUAUGGACUCGGGCAUGACUCUAGUAUCACCCUAGUAAAGAUCAAGAGCGGUAACACACAUGGCAUCCUAUCUUCAGAUACCUGAUGAUGAGAAGGGAUAUGAGUUGGAUGUCUUCUGUGUCCCCAAACACUAUGAGGAAGAUUUGGAUCGGGUCAUCAUCCCUCAUGGCCUGAUUAUGGAUAGGACUGAGCGCCUGGCUCGUGAUAUAGUCCGUGACAUGGGGACACACCAUAUAGUAGCUUUGUGUGUUCUCAAAGGAGGAUAUAAAUUCUUUGCGGACCUGCUGGACUACAUCAAGGCCCUAAACCAGAACAGUGACAAGUCUGUCCCAUUGACAGUGGAUUUCAUUAGGCUAAAGAGCUAUUGUAUUCUUUCAAAUAUGGAUGCAGUUGAUGGCACUGUUGCUGUAAUUCAGAAUGACCAGUCUACAAACAGUGUGAAAGUAAUUGGAGGAGACGAGCUCUCUACGCUAACAGGAAAGAAUGUCUUGAUAGUUGAGGAUAUUGUAGAGACUGGAAAGACUAUGGAGACACUACUAUCACUGCUGAGUGAAUAUAAACCAAAGAUGGUCAAGGUUGUCAGCCUUCUAGUUAAGAGGACACCAAGGAGCUCAGGAUACAGACCAGACUACAUCGGGUUUGAGGUGCCUGAUUCAUUCCUGGUAGGAUAUGCCCUGGACUACAAUGAGUACUUCAGAGAUCUUAGUCACAUCUGUAUACUAACCGAGGGUGCAAAGGAGAAGUACAAAGUUUGAGCUGAACAGAAAAUGGAAAGGAAUAAACAGGAGUAGGACCACUGUGGUGGUCCUGAGCUUUUUGGGGGUCGGAACCUGAUUUAUUUUUUCUACUUAUGGGACCUAUAAUGUGAACAUUGUGAAAUUACUUUGCUACUUUAAGAUGCUUUUUGAAAACUUUCAGUAUAUUGAAUUCUUAUUUUUGUUCACCUGGAAGGAAUAGGAUGAGUUUUGUUUAAAUAGAGUACUCAAGUAAACACAGUUACAAGCUAUAGGUGUUUUAUUUAGAUGUAUUUUAUUAUAUUGGUGCCUCAGAGUCUCAUCGUAAUGUUUAGUAAUGCUGACAAAUUAUUUCAUCAUGUAACUUUGCUUGAACAAUCCACAGGGGUCACAAUCAACUCUGCACUUACAGUGAACACUGUAUGAGCCAUAUAUUAAUACUGAAUACUGCAUGUAUCGGACACAUUCACUGCAUGUAUCGGACACAUUCACUAAUGGAAAACGCUGCAAGAGAUCUGUCAAUGAAAAAAAAAUUGUCCAGAAGGUAAUCUUUCUCGAAAACAUUAUCUUCUAAAAUGUCCAGUUUAAAGUGUAUCUAAAAAAACUGAACACACAGUGAAUCUUUAUUUGAAGGGUACUGCUUGAAAUUUGAUGUGGCAAACCGAACAUUUACCAGCAUAUUUUCAGGAACUAGUUUAGACUUGCAGACCAAAGUGUUUCGCAGCUCCCAAAACAAAUACAUACAUGCACAUUUUUAUUAUUUUUACUCAGUACAAAAGAGAUGUGUAGAUUAUUUUACCACCUCUGAAAUGAGAAAUUUCUAAUACAAAUACACAAAUCUGUAGUAAUGUUAGUAAAUAAAUCUUUGGUUGCGUUUUCCAUGACAUACUGUUACGGCUGUAAUGGACAAAUUAACUUAUGCCAUAUCCAUAAAUUCAGACCUGGAAUGUACUGUAAGCUUUUAUUUAUUAUGGAAAUGUACCAUUUUCUUUUUUUGACCAAGGACCCCUGACUGCAAUAUUAAAUAUAAAAUGUUGCUCAUC